UAACUCUGUUAGCAAGAUGUCUGCGCCCAAACAAAACAACGUGGUGGUGUCCAGUUGACGUUUAUUAAUUUUAUAACUUUCACGUAAAUUGUGAUGGGUGAUGAUAGCAAAGCUGUCGUUGAGCGCCUUGUCGGCACUAUAGACUGCAAGCAAGGGGCUGUAAGAGCUGUCAGAUUUAAUGUUGAUGGAAACUAUUGUCUGACAUGUGGGAGUGAUAAAUCGAUCAAAUUAUGGAAUCCACACAAAAAGGCACUGAUUAAGGUGUAUAGUGGCCAUGGAUAUGAAGUACUUGAUGCUCAAGCCUCCUGUGACAGCAGUCAGAUGUGCUCCUGUGGUACAGACAAGGCUGUCUAUCUCUGGGAUGUUGCCAGGGGGGUCACAGUCAGAAAGUACAGGGGACAUCCAGGGAGUGUAAACUGUGUUCGUUUCAAUGAAGAAUCUACAGUUAUAAUGUCUGGGUCGAUUGAUGGUACAGUCAGGAUUUGGGAUUGCAAGAGUAGGAAAAUGGAACCCAUCCAGAUUUUAGAUGAAGCCAAAGAUAGUGUGACAUCUGUUGCAGUAUCAGAUCAUGAGAUUCUCACAGGCUCCGCUGAUGGAAGAGUAAGAAGAUAUGACCUGAGAAUGGGGGACAUGCAUUCAGAUUUUAUAGGACAGACUGUAACAUGUGUGAACUUUUCAAGGGAUGGCCAGUGCACUUUGAGCAGUUCCCUUGAUAAUACACUAAGACUGCUGGACAAAGCCACAGGGGAGCUCCUUAAUGAGUAUGUUGGUCACAAGAACGUGCAAUAUAAAAUUGACAGCUGUCUCAGUAGCAGUGACACACACAUUUUGAGUGGAUCUGAAGAUGGAAAAGUGUAUGUCUGGGACUUAGUUGAGGGCAAACUGUUAAAAACCUUGGACCAUGGAACAAAAACAGUCCAUUCCUUAUCCUAUCAUCCAUCAGAAUCCUGUCUAUUGACAGCCAUGGAAGGCAAGGUGUAUGUUUGGAAAUCAAAGUAUGGACAAAUUAUUGACCCAGGAGACUAAGAAUGGUAGUGCUGUCCAGAGUUCAGGAUCAUAUUUUGAUGACUAUUCUCCAAAUAUCUUAUGUAUGGGAAGAAGUCAGUUGUAUUGCAGGCCCGUAGCCAGCAAUCUCAGAGUGGGGAUUCGUUUUCUGAAAAAGUGGACCUUUUAACGUAAAAUC